AUGGUCAACAUGGACACCGCCACCAGCACCGGCGCCCAGCACGACGCCGAUCUGCGCCGCAGAAAUGUUCCUGACACCGGAAGAGCCUCCGCGCCCACCUCCAGGCUCGAUCACGAUGUGAAAAAGACCAAGUCGGGCCAGUUUCGGAAAGUUCGGCUCCCAUUACCUGAAACGCGAGUUCUACUUCGAUGUCCACCCCCCCUGGGAAAGAUGCUGGUGGGUCUCUCGGGCUACCUCGCUGGCUACAAUGGGUCCUUCGAAUUUAAGUCCGGGGAGAAGUAUCCGGAGGAUGUGGACUACACCUUCAUGCGAGCCUUCAAUGCGAUGUUUGGGGUCGUGUGUGUUCCUCUCGCCUACUAUACCGCCCGCGAGUUGAACUUCCGCCGGGCCACGGUCUGGUUGAUCAGCUUGAUGGUCCUGUGCGAAAACUCCUAUGCAACGAUUUCCCGCUUCAUUCUUCUAGAUUCCAUGCUUCUUUGCUUCACCUUCAGCACGACGAUGUGCUGGGCCCGAUUCCACCGUCUGCAGCAUGCCAGCUUUUCGCCGGAGUGGUGGCUCUGGCUGUGCCUGACGGGAUUCAAUAUCGGCUGCGUCUGCAGCGUGAAGUGGGUCGGCUUCUUCUGCACCGCGAUCGUGGGUCUCUAUACUGCCGAGGACCUCUGGAAUAAAUUCGGCGACGUGAAGAUGCCGCCGACUCUGCUCGCAAAGCAUCUCGUUGCUCGCGUGGGGGGCUUGAUUGUCAUCCCCAUCUUGGUAUACAUGUUCUCCUUCUACCUGCACUUCACUGUCCUGUCCAACAGUGGUCCUGGGGAUGCGCAGAUGAGCUCUCUUUUCCAGGCGAACCUGCGUGGGACCGAAGUCGGUCGGGACAGCCCCCUGGAGAUUGCACAUGGGUCCCGAGUCACCAUUAAGAACAUGGGUUAUGGCGGUGGUCUGCUUCACUCCCACGUUCAAACAUACCCGGAGGGAUCGAAUCAGCAACAGGUCACCUGCUACCACCAUAAGGAUGCCAACAAUGACUGGUUCAUCUAUCCGAACCGACUGGAGCCGGAGUAUGAUGCCGAGGGCGACCUGAAGUUCAUCGCCGAUGGUGAUACCAUCCGUCUCAUCCACGGCCAGACCGGCCGUAACCUGCAUUCUCACGCUAUUCCCGCCCCGGUUUCCAAGUCCCACCACGAGGUUUCUUGCUACGGCAACAUCACCAUCGGAGAUGACAAGGACCACUGGAAGAUCGAAGUGGUAAACGAUGCUGCCUCUAGAGAUCGCUCUAAAAUUCGGACCCUGACGACUGCAUUCCGUUUGAGCCACCCAUCGUUGGGCUGCUACCUGCGGGCUGGUAACGUCAACCUGCCCCAGUGGGGGUUCAAGCAGAUCGAAACUACCUGUGUCAAGGAGAACAAGCCGGGUGACGUGUACACUCACUGGAAUGUUGAGUCGCACUCCAAUGAACGCUUGCCUCCUGGGGACCCGGGUUCCUAUAAGUCGCCAUUCCUCAAGGACUUCAUCCACUUGAACGUUGCCAUGAUGACAUCCAACAAUGCCCUGGUCCCUGAUCCGGAUAAGCAGGACGACUUGGCCUCGAAGUUCUGGCAGUGGCCGAUCCUGAAUGUCGGUCUACGCAUGUGCUCCUGGGAUGAUAGUGUGGUGAAGUACUACCUUCUCGGCAACCCGAUCGUCUAUUGGGGUAGCACUGGUGGUCUGGUUGGUUUCGGUCUUCUGUUCAUCUGGUACCUCCUGCGCUGGCAGCGAGGAUACAAGGAGCUGAGCCAGCAGGAAAUUGACCAUAUUCACUACUCCGGCCUGUACCCGGCCAUUGGUUGGGUCCUGCAUUAUCUUCCGUUCAUUAUUAUGGCUCGUGUGACCUAUGUCCACCACUACUACCCAGCACUCUACUAUGCCAUCCUCACCUUUGGUUUCUGCGUUGAUUGGGUCACCCGCAGAAUCAACGCCCGAGUCGCCGCCGUGGUGUAUGCCAUUCUCUAUGCUAUCGUUAUCGGGCUGUUCAUCCACUUCCGGGCCAUUGUAUUUGGAAUGGAAGGUGAUAACCAGCAGUGGGCCCACCUGCGCUGGCUGCCCGGAUGGAAGAUCGCGAACUAA